ACCGUGCUUGACGGCCUGCUGAGACUGGUGAAACGGCAUAUCAAAACGCAAGAGACGGCUCUUUUGCCAACGCGCGUACUUGAUGUCGGUGGGCCGGAUUUCAGCAUGCGUCUCGUCACAAGCAAUGGCCGCCGUGACCAUUACGUCGCACUAAGCCACUGCUGGGACCAGGACGCGUCAAAACAUUUCAACACCACCAUCGGAAAUUUGAGCAGCCGAACGGCUUCCAUUAACUUUGAAGACAUGCCCAAGACGUUCCAAGAUGCCACCAUAGUUACGAAAAGGCUGGGUUUGCGCUAUAUAUGGAUUGACUCCUUAUGCAUUAUCCAGGGCGAAGACGGUGACUGGACUACUGAGGCUCCAAAGAUGGGCCAAUACUACGGAGACGCUUUUAUGACGAUAGCGGCCGACUGCUCACAGGGUGAUUGCGAGGGAUUUCUCCAAGUUCGGCAUAUCAACAUGGCCAACGCGUUCGAAGGCACAACGUCCGCUAGUCAUGUCUUAUUACUGCCUAGCCAACGACGUCUGAAACCCCACAGCGACGGUGAACCCUCCUCAUCUGACGGUGGAACGCCCACAUACCGCAGCGCGAACGAUACGAUAUAUGCUGAUGAGGUCGACACCAUCGAAUAUCAGAAUGAUGAGGGGACCCGCCGCUUGCAUCUGAAAAGCGUGUCCUGGGAUGGACGUUCUACCCGCAUGAAUCCAAUUGAGGACGAGCCACUACAGCAUCGAGCUUGGACUCUUCAAGAACGCUAUCUAUCCAGGUACACCCUACACUUUGGUUCUGAACAGAACUUCCUUGAGAUGCAUGAGUCCCAGAAAUUGAUCUAUGAAGAUGGCCGAGAGACCUUCAGUGCCUAUUAUUGGACCACACUACAUGACAGUAAUCAUGCGUUGCCUUUUCGAGGAUGGUAUCGCAUGAUUGAGGAUUAUACCAAACGAAAUAUCAGCUUCAGGUACGAUACUCUCACAGCAUUGGCAGGUGUGGCUCAGAAAGUCAGCCGGUUUGCAAAUGCCAAAUACUGCGCCGGGCUUUGGGAAAGCGACCUGUCUCGCGGGCUGCUAUGGUGUGUAGCAGAUCCCGGUUGUCCGGUUCGGUGGAGGGAGCACUCAGCCACUGUAUCAACGACUGAUUACAUGGGCCCUUCAUGGUCAUGGGCUUAUGCCUCGGGUGGUGUCCGCUUUCUCCUCAAUGACCUCUCGAACCGAGUCCAUCCUGAGAGCCUACUGCUGGGCUAUUCCCCCAGUGACGCCAUAGACGACAUUGACGUGCCAUUUCUGGAACUGGUCGCUUGCGAAAUUACGCCUCUGGACAUCAAUUUCCCACACGGGCCCCUGAUAGAAGGCACAACGCUGACUCUGAAGGCUCCUGUAUAUCCUAUCCGGCAGUUACGUUGGGAAAGCAAAGGCAAAACCCGUUACUACGAGAGAAGGCGCAAUGAGAUUUCUGAGACUUGUCACAUCACAAUCGACGUAAAUGGUACUCUUUAUGAGACAGAAGCCAUGCUUGACACACUCGCUAAAGAUAGUAAGAUUCUCGAGGAGACACAGCUUCACGCCAUCUUCUUAGCUUAUACUCUCACCAUUGGAGAUAUGCAGAGUCUCGUGGACUACAAUGAAGGGGACUUGAUUAGCAGAUAUAUUGGAGAUAUUUUGGGUUUGGUGGUCGCGGAGAACGCAGACACUGUCACCCGGACGUGCAGACGAGUUGGGGUCUUUCGAGACUCCUUCCCACUGCAGAAUGACAGUGCCAAAACAAAUGCAGUACACAAGGAAAUGUUUUUAGAGAAACGCAGUAAGGUGCUUACGAUAGUCUAAUGGAGUCGCGCGCACCGCUCGGGUAGUCUCGUUUCCAGCCUCGCCUUCUCAAAAGAAGCAAUUAUCCUGUCGCCGACAAGGCACUGCUAUCACGACAUCUAUAGUAGCGCCGGUUUUCCCGUCAUUUUUGUCUAGAGAAGCACCGUCUUUGAGUGCUCGCCUGGUUUCCUGGAUUGCGGAA